GUGACAGAGAUGUGCUGCAAACGAGAGGAUCGUAAAGAAGUCACAACAACAACGAGAAUUACAAUUUUCGCGAUAUUUUUGUGCCAUGCAUUCCAUGCAACUCAAUCACAGGAUUGUCCGCCCGAAUCAUCCAAUGUUCUCCACCAAAAUACCACAGUAGCGUGGAUCUCGAGCGACAAAGACAGUGAAAUUGUAACCUCGAAUCCACCAUGUACGGACGAGCAGGGUCGCCUAAUAGUCAGGUUAUGCAGUAGCGGCCUGUGGUAUCCCCAGCAGGCACAGGAUUGCGCUAAAAUCACCACGAGUCGCAGGUGCCCGUUGAACUUUGAAGAAACUGCUGAUGACUGCUUGUUUGUCUCAGCUCACCGCCCUUGGGGCAACAUCUGCAAUUUUGAGUCACUCUUGGAGCAAUCAGCUCCUGCGGCCCUUGAGAAUGAGCUCGUUUGGAUGCCCUACCGGCGCUACAUCGCUUACGGGCCCUACGAGGCGGUUGAGUGGGGUAGUAAAAGAAGCAAGAAGUUCAACAACCGUUUAAAGGGGAAUUUGGCGGAUCCAGAUUUUUUUAACAAAAAUUGCUUGAUAGCUGAUACGGCUACGAAUGAUUACUUUCCGGAAUUUUGCAGUAACAAGCACAGACACGUGUGUUCUUUCGAUAAGAACGAGGCAGAUUCGAAAUGUCCAGAUCAUUGUGUGAACGCUGACGUGGCUAAGAAAACGUGCUUUUGCAAGGAGAAGAAUUAUUGUUCAACAACGCUCAGCAAAAUAGAGACUAUCUUAGAUUACACCGUUUUGAAGAAAUUAGCUGGAGACAAUGUUUGUUAUGUAGAUAGUAAUUUACCAGUACAACAGAAUAAAUUUCAGGCCAUUAGUGAAGACCGAUGGUUUUAUACAGACAACGACAAAAUUAAGUGCUCUUUGUGCACUAUUAUUAACAAUAACUUAAAAGAGAAUAAUCAAAGUGCUGAAAUGGUGUUAAAUUUUGAUGAGAAACAGAAGAAGCUCUUCCUCACAAUUUACUCUCCGCAAAAUCUAUUUAAUAACGCUAACGAGAACACUAUAUACUGUUAUACAGAUGCUUCUCAGUACGAAUUGAAAAAAAGGCUUAACGUUGACCGAAUCAUAAGAAACAGAAAAGCAGGCAGACCUUACAACGUUUACAAAGUCAGUAUAGAGAAAUUCAUCGGAGACUACUGGUGUGAAGCCUACAGCGACACCAACGAAAACAAUGCCGUUUACUCCAACACAGUUCUCGCCUACAAGAAAAAACCCGGCAACGAAUUCGCGCUGAAACUAAAAGUAAUCAGUAUUUGCAUCAUAUUCCCUUGCGAUGAAAUGACCGAGUUCAACUACGAAUCGAUGGUGCGAAGAACGGAACUAGCCAAUUUAAAAUCGCAAAUCAGAGUGAUGAGCGUCAUCAAUUUCGAUUUCGAAUCUAUCGAUCUGCUUCUUCACAUCACCACCGAGGAAAAAAUACCAAUAGUCGACGAUCGUUCUCGCAUCUGGCAAGAGCUGCUGAAUUUAUCGAACAUCGAAAUCCAGUCCUUCGCUAGCAGCGAGUUCUGCCUCCCGGAAACCUCUGAAAAUUUAACGUGGCCGCUAACUGCUGUAGGUCAAGGAGCGGUAGCGGACGAAUUGUGCUUGCAGGCAAAUGGAUUACCGGUUGUUAGAAUUUGCAAUGGAAACUUCCUAGAGGGAGCAACAUGGGGUGAAGUAAUAGGCGAGUGCCACAAAGACAUCCAAGUUCCAGAUACAGCCAAAACCAUCCAAACCGCUAUGACUCAGAUUUUAGACGAGACCACUGUUAGAAAUGUCUCAAAUGUUAUCAAAACCAAUACGGAUCUGCCAGUAUUAUCUGUGUACAUGGUUUCUAAGUUCAUGAAGCACAUGUAUAUUCAAAACAGUAGUGUAGAUGUCGUCAACGGCACACUGGAAAUAGCAGACAGUAUGCUUUUCGUGAAUAAAGCGUACAUUUGGUACGCCCAACAACUACUAAACGUGUCAGACGAUUUCAUCGAUUUAGUCGAAAACGUACUCACCGACGCCAAAUUACGAUCAAACGCAACAUUAAUACAAAAAAGCAAUUUGAUAAUGCGCAUCGUCAAUCCUCUAACCACCAACGUCAGCGGAAUGGUAGUUUAUCAAGACGAAGAAAACAACGUUCGGAUGGAAGAUCUGCCGAGAAACAGCACGUUCGACGACGUCGGUGACAACGCUCUGAUAGCAGUGAUCGUGCCGGAGGAUGUCAUCAAUCACCCAAAUAUCACUAACCUCACCAUCGUCACCACCGUGUACUUUAAAGACUCGUUCUUCGAGAGCAACUCCAGCAGGAAACCGUCCGGGCCGGUCAUGAGCGUCAGCAUACCGGAGUUCGACGGAUAUCUGCCAGCCCCGAUACAGAUUUUGUUCAGAUUUAGCAAUUACAGCCAUCGACCGGACUGCGGUUUCUGGGACUAUGGGAAGAAGACGGUGAGAAAGCAAGGCAAGUGGUCUUCGGUCGGCGGAAAUUAUUUGGGGGAAUUGGUGAACAGAAGUUACUAUCAUGUUUGCAGUUUUUCGCAUUUAACGCAUUUUUCUCUGUUGCGUUUGACUCUACCUCAGGAAACUCUCACUUCUUUCGAUGAUCAAGCUAUGGAUGUAAUAUUUUACCUUGGUGAUUUUCUGACUAUUUUUGGAGUAGCUGGUAUUUUCGUGACAGCUAUUAUGUUUAGAAGAUGGCGCAGGAAACAAGGUACUAUUAUACUACUGAAUCUGUCGAUAUCUAUACUGAUGGAGGUGUUUUUAAUGCAAGCUACUGAUACCAGACUAAUAACGGUGCCUCAAGGUUGCGGAGUGUUGGGAAUAAUGUUGCAUUAUAUUAUCAUCUCUAAAUUUUGCUGGAUGCUCGUGUACUCUUUCCUCCAGUACAUGAGAUUCGUUAGAGUGUUGACUGUUUUGCCCGAUAACAUAGUUUUCAAAUCGGUCAUAUUCGGUUGGGGAUUUGCGUUAAUACCUGUUGGAAUCGUCAAUCUCGUUACCACUACCGCAUAUUCUAAUAAGAAAUACAACUUCUGCUACCCCACCGGCUUGUAUUUAUAUUUGGGGACGUUAUUGCCCGUUCUUCUUAUCAUUUGCAUCAACACGUUUGUUUUCAUCGCUGUGAUGAGAGAGGUGACGUUCAAAAACGUCGAGUCGCACGGCAGUAAAGAGAACAUUCAUAAAUUGCAAGUGCAGCUAGCCAUUUUGCUCUUUUUCGUGCUGGGAGUUCCUUGGUUGUUCUUUAUUUUAGCCAAUAUUAUACCAGUUCCGUGGAUUGAAGUGGCACUGGCUUAUCUAUUUUGCGUUACGUCUAACGUACAAGGAUUCAUCUUGUUCCUGUUUUAUGUCGUGUUCAACGGAGAAACCAGAUUGGCUUGGUUAACUUAUUUUAAAUUGAAGAGUUCUAAAUCGUUUUCUGUUGCUACGAAGACGACCAGCAGAGCAAGCAAGUCUUAGGAAUUAGUAUGUCAGAUCACACAGUUAACUGAUUAGAUUAAUUGCAUUUUAGGUAUAAUAAUUAGAAGGUUGUUUGAAAGACACAACUCCAUACUUGGACAAAUUGGUGAAACUUUGACAAUUUUUUAUUUUAUUCGUUCAUUUAACGGUAUUUAUUUAAUAGAAUCUCUUUAUUUAUAUGUUGUAGAUUUUUCUGAUUUUCGAAAUAAAAUUAUUUCCUUCGAU